CCGCGCGUGGGUAGCUUCGUCCGUAGGAGCGCGCCGGCCGGGCGGGAGCUGUCAUCUCGGAGCUCUAGGGACUGGAAUUGUUGAAGUCAACAUGGCGAAACGCAUCAGCCAGGAGACCUUUGAUGACGUGGUACAAGAAAAUAUCACAGAGUUUGACAUGGACCCUGAAGAGGCUGUGAAAGAAGCUGUUCAGCAAUUUGAAUCUCAAGGGGUUGAUCUGACCAACAUUGUAAAAACAAGACCCAAAGCAUCUGCUUGUGGUGACCAAGGACCAAAACAUAAAAUUUUGCAGACCCUGGAUGCUCUCCAGAAGUCUAUUGACUCUGCAGCCCCUCAAGAGGUGGCAGAACACCUAGUGAGCUUCAGUGAGCAGUGCCGGGGGCAGCUCGCCAGCCGCUACCUGGCUGCACAGAAGGGUGCAUAUGCUGUUGUGUUCUCAGCCUGCCAGCGAGCCGUGACGGAAGAGCAGGGCUUCUUGGUAAAAGCCCUGAAUGCCCUGGCUGCCCUGACUGAGGGCCAGCCAGACCUGCUUGAUCCCCGGGGGCUGCAGUUACUAGUGGCCACGCUGAAGGAGCACUUGGGAGUGGCUGAGGUGGCGUGCUCUGGGCUGCGCUGCAUUCGGUGUGUCUGCCUCAAGCACGAGCAAAACCGGCAGAGCCUGGUGAGGGCGGGCAUCUUGCCUCUGCUGACCAGGGCCAUUGAGAAGCACAGCGGCAGAGCCAAUGUGGUCAAGGAGGCCUGCUCCGCUCUGAGAGUCAUGACAUUUGACGAUGACAUCCGAGUGCCCUUCGGCCACGCUCACGACCACGCCAAGAUGAUAGUGCAAGAGAACAAAGGCUUAAAGGUUCUCAUAGAAGCAGCCAAAGCAUUCCUGGACAACCCUGCUCUUCUCGGUGAGCUUUGUGGUACUUUGUCGCGCCUGGCAGUUCGGAAUGAAUUCUGUCAGGAGAUCGUCGAUCUAGGGGGCCUCAACAUCAUGGUGACUCUUCUGGCUGACUGCAUUGAUCAUCAGGAGCUGGUACGGCAGGUGCUGAGUGCUCUCCGAGCCAUUGCUGGCAACGAUGAUGUAAAGGAUGCCAUUGUCAGUGCAGGUGGAACAGACUUCAUUGUGAUGGCGAUGACCCGGCAUCUCUCCAGUCCCCAGAUCUGUGAACAAAGCUGUGCAGCCUUGUGCAUGCUGGCCCUGCGCAAGCCAGACAAUAGUCGGGUGAUUGUUGAGGGUGGGGGGCCCUUGGCAGCCCUGCAGGCCAUGAAGACCCAUCCGAAUGAAGUCGGUGUACAGAAACAAGCUUGUCUGCUGAUCCGUAACCUCGUAUCCCGCACUCAGGCCUUCUCCCAACCCAUCCUGGACAUGGGAGCAGAGAGGCUCAUCAUGGAAGCCCGAGCCACACAUCGGGAAUGUGAUGAUGUGGCCAAGGCUGCCCUGCGAGACCUGGGCUGUAAGGUGGAGCUUCGGGAGCUCUGGACAGGAGAAAAGGGAGACCUGACUCUCUGAGGCCCUCCUCUCCCAGCAGACUUCAGGAACAUUCCACACCCCAACUGGGCCCACAGAAGGAAGCGGCUCAGCUGGGAACUUUGGGCUUCUUGAGCUAUUGGGGUACAGUGCUGCUCAGAGGCCUCAUGGAAAAAGCUAUCGCCUUUCAAGGCCCAGAAGGAAAGUUCUCUACCUCUCCUCCUGAGGGAACAUGCCCUCUAUGUAGCCUUGGUACCACCUCUGUCUGUCCUGUGUGCUUCUGAGGGCCAAAGUUGGAAGAGAUUGGUUUGGAUACAACAGGCCCCCUUCCUCCUGGAGUGAUUUUAGCCAUUGUCUUGUUCACUUUAAUAUGAAAGUCUUAGUGGCCAUGUCUGUCUUUUAUCAUCCUUAGGCCAAGAUGCAUGUUCCUGUGAAGGUGGAACAGCCAGAGUCACUGAGUCAGGCCAUCAGGGCCUUCUUAUCACUCUGACUGAAGUGCUUCUCAGAUACUGAAGGCUAAACAUUAAACCCAUUCAUUCUCUUAACAGUUUACAAUCAUCCCUUGGUGAAUCAGUUCACCUCCUGGCUGCUCGCUUCAGCAGUCACUUACCCCUAAUCACAUCACCAAUUUUGCCCUGCCAACCCUCGGCCUUGGAUCCCUUCCUCCAUCCUCUGUCUUGCUGGGGAAUAUCAUAAAACUGUGUUGACUAUAAAUUUAUGUUACAUAAUCUUACUUAAAGGCUGCCUUUGUUGUUCCUCAAACGAGACACUCCAGGCAUUUUUCUCUGGCUGUCUUUUUAUGCAUGGAAUGCUCUCUCCUCAUCUCUAGCUAAUGGAAGCUCAUUUAAGUCCCAAUUAAAAAAAAAGUCCCAUCUUUUAUUGGAAGCCUUCCCCAGCUUUUGUUAAUUCUGGUGCCUUCCCUCUGUAAAUUAUUUCCUCUUUAUCUCACAUAGAGCCUGUUUGUACCUACUUAUUUGCUUGUCAUCAUCUUUGUUAGCUUGUGAGCUCUUUUAGGGGCAGGGAUUGUCGUGGUGUCAGGGGUAUAUCAUAGGUGCUUAAUAAAUGUUAAUUGACUGUCAAGGGUGACUAUUGGCUAUGUCCUAUGUCCCAAGCUUGGAAAUGCCAGGUAGCUUGUGAUAGCAGCCCCCGUAAAAGGUGCUAGAUUUAUCCAAUCAUUUUUUUGAUGAAGCAUUUGGGAUUAAGUGACUUGCUCAGGAUGAAACGAACUAGUGAGUGGCAAGUGUCUU